AUGGAGGCGAUACUGGCUCGUGCGUUAGAGUACACGCUCAAGUACUGGCUCAAAUCUUUCUCUAGAGAACAGUUUAAGCUUCAAGGCCGGACCGUUCAACUUUCUAAUUUAGAAAUAAAUGGAGACGCUUUGCACGCGAGUAUGGGAUUGCCGCCGGCGCUGAAUGUAGCAAAGGCGAAAGUAGGCAAAUUCGAGAUAAUUCUUCCGUAUGUAAGUAAUGUACAAGUAGAACCGAUUGUUAUCCAAAUUGAUAAGCUCGAUUUGGUUUUAGAGGAGAACAGUGAUUUAGAUGCGAGCAGCAGUCCCAACAGCACACAAUCGUCUAGUGGUUCUAGCAAGGGUAGCGGUUAUGGAUUUGCUGAUAAGGUUAGUUUUGAAUUUGACAUGACUAAUAUGAGUUAUGCAUCUCUGCACCAUAUGCAUUGUUCUUCCAUUGCUUAUAGGUUGUAUGCAAAUGGAAAUUUGGAUUCAGCAGUUGAUUUUUAUCAUUACCAGAUUGCCGAUGGAAUGACCAUUCAGGUUACCACUGUUAAUCUUCUACUUGAAACAUGUGGGGGUGCACAACGUGGGGAGGGGCCGCUUGGCUCUACAUUGUGUUCAAUGGCUUCACCAUUGGCAUCAAUUACUAUACACAACCUUUUAUUAUAUACCACAAAUGAAAACUGGGAGGUAGUAAACCUUAAAGAAGCACGAGACUUCUCCAACAACAAAAAGUUCAUAUAUGUAUUCAAGAAACUUGAAUGGGAAUCUUUGUCCAUUGAUCUCCUGCCUCAUCCUGAUAUGUUCGCCGAUUUCAGUUUAGCACAUGCUCAGGAAGGAGCCUCCCAGAGAGAUGAUGAUGGUGCAAAGCGAGUUUUCUUUGGCGGAGAACGUUUUCUGGAAGGAAUAUCUGGAGAGGCUUAUAGAACUGAACAAAACAGUCCACUAGGGCUUGAGGUCCAAUUACAUAUUCCAGAAGCCGUCUGUCCUGCAUUGAGUGAACCAGGACUACGUGCUCUUCUCCGCUUCAUGACUGGGUUUUAUGUGUGUCUUAAUAGAGAUGUGGAUCUACAGGCUAAGCAGCGAUCUACAGAAGCAGCAGGACGUUCUCUUGUCUCAAUUGUUGUGGACCACAUAUUUCUCUGCAUCAAAGAUGCUGAGUUCCAGCUUGAACUUUUGAUGCAGUCUCUCCUUUUUUCUCGGGCCACAGUUUCUGAUGGAAAAAUUGCCAAUAAUCUGACAAAGGUGAUGCUUAGUGGAAUGUUCUUGAGGGAUACCUUCUCACGCCCUCCUUGCACUCUAGUGCAACCAUCCAUGAAAGCUAUCACGGAAAAUGCUGCACAGAUUCCUGACUUUGCAAAGAAUUUUUGCUCUCCUAUAUAUCCCCUUGGAGACCUCCAUUGGCAGAUAAGUACUGGUAUUCCUUUGAUAUGCCUCUACUCUCUUCAGGUCAAGCCCUCUCCAGUGCCACCAUGUUUUGCUUCACAAACAGUUAUUGCUUGCCAGCCUCUUAUGAUUCACCUUCAAGAAGAAUCAUGUCUGAGGAUAUCUUCCUUUUUAGCUGAUGGAAUUGUUGUCAAUCCUGGGGCUAUUUUACCUGAUUUUUCAGUAAAUUCCUUGGUAUUUGUUCUCAAGGAAUUAGAUGUUACUGUUCCAUUGGAUGUGAGUCAAUCAGAAAACACAACUGACAGCGGGAACUCUACUGUCCACAAUGCCUUUGCUGGAGCAAGGCUUCAUAUUGAAAAUUUGUUCUUCUCAGAGUCACCGACGCUAAAACUCAGGCUACUGAACCUGGAAAAGGAUCCUGCUUGCUUUUGUCUCUGGGAGGGACAGCCAAUAGAUGCUAGCCAGAAGAAAUGGACUACUGGAGCAUCCCACCUUACUCUAUCUCUGGAAACAUCUUCCAGCUUAAAUGGGACACUGAGUUCUAAUGGGAUGACCUCAGGCUCAUGGAGAUGCGUGGAACUACUAGAUGCUUCUGUGGAGGUUGCCAUGAUAUCGGCUGAUGGGAGUCCAUUAACAAAUGUUCCUCCCCCAGGUGGUAUUGUCAGAGUUGGAGUUGCUUGUCAACAAUAUCUUUCCAACACUUCUGUAGAGCAGUUAUUCUUUGUCCUUGAUCUUUAUGCAUACUUUGGCAGAGUUAGUGAAAAGAUUGCCUCAGUUGGCAAGGAUAAGAGACCAAAGAUAACUAGGAAUGAAUCUUCACAUGUUAGGCUAUUGGAUAAGGUUCCCUGUGACACUGCAGUAAGCUUAGCAGUGAAGGAACUACGACUUCAAUUUUUAGACUCUUCUGCCUCAGAUAUUGAGGGAAUGCCUCUGGUUCAGUUUAUUGGGGAAGAUCUUUACAUAAAAGUUGCUCAUAGAACCCUCGGCGGUGCCAUUGCCAUUUCAUCCUCUAUAUGCUGGCAGAGUGUUGAGGUGGACUGUGUAGAGACUGAGGGAAGCUUGGCACAUGAAAAUGGCACACUGACAAGUUCUGUUGAAAACGGUUGUCUCGUAACUGCAAAUGGAUACCCUCAACUAAGAUCUGUGUUUUGGGUGCACAACGGACAGAAAUAUCAAGCAAAUGGUGUUACUUGUACAAUCCCAUUUCUAGACACAAGCAUGGUACAUGUGAUUCCAUUAAGCGAACAGGAUCAAGAAUGCCAUAGUUUAAGUGUUUCUGCCUGCAUAUCUGGUGUUCGCCUGGGUGGAGGAAUGAACUAUGCUGAAGCUCUACUCCAUCGGUUUGGAAUACUGGGGCCUGAUGGUGGCCCAGGGGAGGGACUUUCUAAAGGAUUAGAAAAUUUAUCGGCUGGGCCACUUUCUAAACUUUUCAAAGGGUCCGCUCUUAUUGACAAUCUAAAAGAAGAUGGAAGUCCAUUAGAUGGCAAAGUUGAUGGAGUUUUACACCUUGGAAUGCCAAAUGAUGUGGAUGUGUGCAUAGAAUUCAAAGACUGGUUAUUUGCUCUUGAAGGUGCACAAGAGAUGGCUGAUAGGCGGUGGUUUUACAACCAUGAAGAUGUGGGGAGAGAAGAGAGGUGUUGGCACACAUUGUUCCAAAGUUUGCAGGUAAAAGCAAAAAGUAGUCCAAAGAAUGAGCUGAAUGGAAAAGAAAAACCAAAUCGAAAACUGAAAUAUCCUGUGGAAUUAGUUACGGUUGGUGUGGAAGGCUUGCAGAUCUUGAAGCCACAGGGACAGAAGGGCAUUUCUAUGCCUGCAAAUGGGAUAAAGGAAGUUGUGGAGACAUCUGGAGGAAUCAAUCUUGAAGUUUGCAUGGUGGCAUCGGAGGAAGAUGUUGAUGAUGAGAUGGCCAAGUGGGCUGCGGAAAACUUGAAAUUUUCUGUCAAGCAACCAAUUGAGGCUGUUGUGACCCAAGAUGAACUCCAGCACCUUGCAUUGUUGUGCAAGUCUGAAGUUGAUGCGAUGGGUCGGAUAGCUGCCGGUGUCCUGAGGCUACUCAAGCUCGAAGGGUCAAUUGGCCAGGCAGCCAUAGACCAACUUAGCAACCUUGGAAGUGAGGGCUUUGACAAGAUUUUCACCCCAGAAAGGCUCAGCAGGGGUACUAGUCCUGCCAGCGUUGCUUUCUCUCCGUCGUCACAUCUGAUUAAUGAAAGCCCACGAUCAACUGUGGAAUCAACAGUAGCUUCACUUGAGGAAGCAGUUUUGGAUUCACAGGCCAAAUUGGCUGCCCUUAUUACUGAUUUCACUAGUUCAGGAUCCUCCACACAGCAUCUUGCUGAUAUUAAACAACUCAGUGAGAUUCUUGAAAGCAUGCAGAGUAUGGUGAUGCAAUUAAGGAUCAAAAUUUGA